UUCAGUAGAAGAAGAGAUAAAUUUACCCGGGUUAGCUAGCUGUUACAUGUCAUUAAAAAACAUUAAAGUGAGCGUAAAAUGAUUUGUGGUUUGCAAGGAAGCAAAAUAAUUUAACUGGUGCUGGAAAGCUGAAGGGGACGUUAGACGCAGGCUAAGGAUGAAGGUAAAGAUCCGGCAGUGGAACGGAGUGGCCUCUUGGUUGUGGGUGGCCAAUGAUGAAAACUGUGGGAUCUGCAGGAUGCCCUUUAAUGGCUGCUGCCCUGACUGUAAAGUGCCUGGCGAUGACUGCCCGCUGGUCUGGGGUCAGUGCUCCCACUGUUUCCACAUGCACUGCAUCUUGAAAUGGCUGAACUCACAGCAGGUUCAGCAGCAGUGCCCCAUGUGCAGACAGGAGUGGAAGUUCAAAGAAUGAGCCUGUGGAGGCGGCACUGCUGUCCGCCUGCAGAGACUCCCAGAGAAAGACUCCCUCACAGAGGCCUGGUCAUGGAUUCCACUUUUAUAUCAGCUGUACAUAACAAUGUUUUUCUAUUUCUCCAUCUGAUCAAAUGCAGAGGACAUUUAGAACCUGUUGUAUUCUUUUGCCAGAUUUAGUAUGUGAUUCAAUAAAAAAAUGUGACAUGUUG